UUUAGCACUAUCCACUUCUCAUUUCUAGAACAUUUGAGCAAAGAACACUCAUUAUCAAUUCUCCCACUUCAAGCUCAUCGUGGUAAUCUUUCAGUUGUUGGAGUUCAAGAAUGGCAACAAAGUACAUUGUUGGUUCAGUGUUGGCAUCAUUUGCUGUUGCAUAUGUUUGUGAUGUUGUUAUUGCAGACAAGAAGGUGUUUGGAGGUACUACUCCACAUACCGUUGCAAACAACGAAUGGUGGAAAGAGACUGACAAAAAAUUUCAGGCAUGGCCUCGCACUGCUGGUCCCCCAGUGGUCAUGAACCCUAUCAGCCGCCAAAAUUACAUUGUCAAGUCUUGAUUAAGAUGUUUGGUCUCAGUUUCCUUUCGAGUAGUUGUGUGGUAGUUCGUUUGUAAUAAACGUUUGUUUCUGCUUGUGCAACUACGGGUGUUAUGUCUUGUAUCAGUGAAUCGACUAUGAAACUUGAAAGGAUACAUGAUCAAAUGGAUAAAGUAGCUACUUAUGUCUUUAACUUGUUA